AUGAGGCUUUGGCUUCGCAGUGAAGCAGUGGGGCCAUCGGCGCCCGCGGCAGAGCCGCCGUCCGAGCAGCCGGUGCUGGCGGCCUCGGCGCCCCUGCGGCGGCCGCUGGUGGCGGCAGCGCCUCCGCUGCGGCCUGCGCCGGCAGCCGCGCCCGCGGGGCCGCCACGGUCGAAGGUGCCGGCGACAGCGGAGGGCGGCGCAGCCGUGCGGCAGGUGGCGUGGGCGGAGACGCCCAGCGCCGUGCCUCCGCUCACCGAGGACGGCGCCGAGGAGCCUGCGCGCGGGGGCGCCGAGGAGGCCUCGCCGUGCGCGGCGGCCUCGCCCUGCCUCUCCGCCGCCCAGGGCCUGCUCGGCCGAGCCAUCUCCGCCGGGGUCGACCGCUUUCUGGACGAGGCGGAGGGGGACUGGGACGCGGAGUCUUUGGACGCCGCAUCGCGCUGCGGAUCGGGGUUUCUCUGA